AUGAUCCAAAGUUUAUCUACAUCAACCGAUAACUUCUCUCUUGGAAACAAGCUCGGGGAAGGAGGAUUUGGUCCUGUUUACAAGGCGUGGAAGCUGUGGGAUGAUUUUGUGGCUGAUUCUCUAGCAGAUCCCACCGCCUUUGAUGAGUCUUUCGAGAAAGAGAUAAAGAAAUGUGUGCAGAUUGGUCUGUUAUGUGUGCAAGAUGUUGCAAGCGAUAGACCAAAUGUUUCAACCGUGAUUUGGAUUCUAACUACCGAGAGAACACGAACCUUCCCGAGCCGAAACAGCCUGCAUUUAUAG